AUGACGGAAGUCGUGGAAAAAGUUGAAGAGGGAAAAGUGGCGAAAAAGUCGAGAAAGAACAAAUUCAAGAAUCCGGGAUGGCAGGAGAAGAAGAUUUUGAAGGCAGAACAAGUGAAAGAGAUCUUGGAACAGAAAGCGAAGAAUAAUGAAGAAAAGAUCGGAAAGAAAAAGGAAAUCUUACAGAAAAAGAAAAAGUCGAGAAGAGGCCAGAAGAAGGAUAAGUUAAAGAAAAAGAACGAUUCCUCAAAACCCCCAAAAACUCCUUCAAAGCCACAAAAAGUCGAAAAAGAAGACGAAGAAUCGGACUCAGAAGAAAUGGAAGUUUCUCCCUCAAACAAUCCCUUCGCCGCGUUGGAAGACAACGAAGAAAUACCAGAAAUCAAGCCCGUUAACCCCGCAUUGGCGCGAAGAAGAGCGUUGAAAGAAAAGCUCGAGACACAGUUGAAGGCGGCGGAAUUCCGAUUUAUCAACGAGCAAUUGUACAGAAGCGACGAUAAAAGUUGCAAAAAGAUUUUGGCUGGAGAUGCGGCGAAAAUUUAUCACGAAGGUUUCGCAAAGCAGGUAGAAAAAUGGCCGGUUAAUCCAGUCGACUUAAUCAUCAGUUACAUCGACAAAAAGCUCCCCCGAAACCACGUGAUCGUCGACAUGGGCUGCGGGGAAGCCAAAUUAUCUGCGUCACUCAAGCACAAGGUUCACUCAUUUGACCUGGUGAAACACAACGAGCGAGUCACAGCAUGUGACGUUCGAAAAACGCCACUUGAAACAAACGAAGCCGACUGUGUUGUUUUCUGCCUCGCCUUGAUGGCAGAAAGAGUCGAUGAAUUUAUUAAAGAAGCGAAUAGAAUAACGAAAACUGGCGGAAAAUUGAUCAUUGCGGAGGUCAAAUCAAGAUUGGAGAAUGAAAAGAAAUUCAAGAAAGCCCUGGGGUCUUAUGGCUACACGAUGGUAUCCGAAAAUGACAGCAACACUCACUUCACACUUUUGGUUUUGAAGAAGUUCCGCGACAUUGAGCCAAAAGCCAAAUUGCCUGCGUUGAACUUUCGUGCCUGUCAAUACAAAAAGCGAUAA